AUGCCUUGGAAACGCGCCGCCAUGUCCCGCCUUGUGGAGAACAACCCGGAGCUGCGGAUCGCGGCCGACGCCGUGGUCUGCUCCGAGUGCGAGCUGGUCGGUGACGUCACCAUCGGGCCGCGCACGGUGGUGCACACGCGCGCGCGCAUCGCGGCCGAGGGUGGCCCGAUCGUGAUCGGCCAGGCCAACCUGAUCGAGGAGCAGGCGGAGAUCGUGAACCGACUGCCGCCGGGCGGUGCCUACUCGGCCGACCGUGUCAUGCGCAUCGGCAACAACAACAUCUUCGAGGUGGACUGCCGCAGCGAGUCGCCGGCGGUCGGCGACAAUAACGUGUUCGAGUGCAAGAGUCGCGUCGGCCCGGAGACGAGCGUGAGCCACGGAUGCGUGGUGGGCGCCCGCUGCUGCCUGGAGAACCGCGAGACGCUGCCGGAGAACACGGUGGUGUUCGGCGAGCAGAACCGCCGGCGCGUGCAGGCCGAGCGGCCGCCGCCGCAGACGCUGCAGCUUGACUUCCUCAAGAAGGUGCUGCCCAACUACCACUACCUGGCCGUCACCGGCAAAAAGUAG